AUGUAUCAGAAUCACUGGCAGGACAGCGCCUCUACCUCGUCCUCGUCCACCUCUUGGGGCCAGAGUGUGUCCGAUUCGGGCACCCGAUUGGCCUAUCAGGAUGGCCAGCAGCAGCUACAGCCGCAGCAGCACCAGCAGCACCAGCAGCACCAACAUCAGCAGUAUCAGCAGCCUGGCGCGCAGUUCGGGCAACCGGGCCUCUCGUAUGCCGGCAACUACUCCGAGCAGGGGCUCGGUCCGGCGCAGAUCGGCUCCAGCAAUACGCUGAGCGGCGCUUUGAGAAGCAUCGACCCAGCACCUGGUUUCGACGCACCAGGCUCCGACAUGAUGCAGCUCUCCGACGCCUAUCAGCAGCAGCAGCACCAGCACCAGCAGCAGCAGCAGAAGCCGAGGUCGUCGCAGGAGACUCAUCUGCAUACCCAUGGUGUUGGGCCGCAUGCAGCUCACGCAGCCGCUAUGUCCGGCCAGGUACAGCAGGCGCCGUACGAGUACAGCCAGGAGAUCGCCCUCAUGGGCGGUGCAGACGAUUAUCAGCCGGCCGAGGACCCCUCGGCGUUUGCGGCCUUUUCGCAGCCCCAGCUCGACAUGGACGAGGCGGGUCAGAUCGAGUCGGGACUGCGCACCCUGUCAGGUAAUAGCAGCUCGGCCAUUUCACGGUCCAACACCAACGACAUGAACCAGCUCGGGCACCACGAGGGCGCCUACUAUUCGGGCAGCGCCUCUAGCAGCGGUGUCGAGGACCCGUCUUCCCAGCAAGGCUACGUCGCACCUCCAUCCUCGACCGUCCACGAUCCCUUCCAGCAGCAGCAGCAGCAGCAACAAGAACAACGACAAUACCACCAGCAGCAGCAGCAGCAAUACCAGCACCAAGAGCAGCAACAGCAGCAGCAGCAGCAGCAGCAGCAGCAGCAGCAGCACCAUUCAAUGAGCCAGCAGCCCGGGCAGCUGUUCUACAGCAGCGCCGGGCAGCAGCCUGCCGCAACAGAUCCUGGGAACGGUGCCCAGCCGUGGGGGAACCAGCCCCACAUGGCGAUACCUGACGUCGGCACCCAGAACGGCAUGUCCAGCAUCCUCCAGCGGCCCAACAAGCCGUCUGCGCUCAACCUCGACCGGUCGCAGAGCGCCUUCAGCACGGCUGCCGACGGCACGUCGACCGAUAUGGGCCUAGGCGGCUACAAUUCGGGCGUCGCAGGCUACGCGGACCUGCCGCAUUCGGCGGCGAGCCAGGGCAGCAUGCUGACGCCGCAAAACGCCCGCUUCGUGUCGGUGCCGCAGCUGCCGCCUUCGAUGUUUGAGGAUACGCCCUCCGGCAACGCAGCCGACGACGGCGGUGGAGCCGCAGGGCUCAUGCCCGCGUUUGGAUCCGAGGCAGGGUCCUCGACGAGAAGCGGCAGUGGGAUCGGCUCGCUCGCCGGACAGGCGCAGCAGUACGGCGGGCGGAUGGACGACGGCCGCGGCCGUCCGAUGGCCAACAUCAAGAUGGAGGAAGGCGGCGAGGCUGCCGCCCGACCGGGCAGCCAGGGGCUCAAGUCGGUCGCCAGCUUCACCUCGUCGCUGGGAGCCGACUCGGUGGCCACCGACGGCAACGGGCGGCCGCGCUCCGGCUCCAACGGGUACGCCCUCGGCCGACCCACGAUGGCGCUCAACCGCACCGUGAGCAUGGGCAGCGGCGAUGCCAGCUUCAGCCCCGGCGGAGGUGGCGGCGGCGGCGGCCAUCCUGGAUCGCUCACGCAGAGCCGCAGCGUGCAGAACCUGUCCAGCCCGGCGCAGAGCCUGCAUGGCUCCUUGGGCCAGCAAAGCUUUGAUCCGACCUGGGGAGCCGCGGGCCGCCAGCUCUCCUCACUCUCUCAGCAGUUCCAGAGCUCUGCCUUGGCCUCGCCCGCCCAGUCGCAGUACUCGCCGCAGACCUACUUCAGCCAGCCGCCGGCGCCGUCGUCGGAUGUGGCGGCCUACUUUUCGCCGCCGCCGCCGCCGCCUCCCGUCGAGGGCGGCCACCGCUUCGGGUCUAGCGGCAGCCUCGCCUCGGACAGUCUCGAUGCCAGCGGUUUCAGCGAGCAGCGCCUGUCCAACGCCCUCGCCGCCAGCGCGCAGAUCAGCUCGAACCCCACCCCGACCCCGCAGCCGCACGGCCACGGCCACACCAACAACCGCGACGGACACAACACACCGACAAUUAUGGAGGAAGAGGACGAGGCUGGAGGCCUGCCUGCGGACCGCGAGCUGAGCAAGCCAGAGCCGCAGCUGCGCUCGGCGCCCAGCCAGACGCAGCUGGCCCACCUGCAGGCCGCGCAGCAGCAGCACCAGCAGCAGCAGCAGCAGGCGCUGCUGCACCGGUCGCGGUCCGGAGGCCUCGUGGCCAGCCCCAACACGGACACCACGUCGCCCUUCCAGCCGCAGGUGCCGUUCCAGCCCAACAUGCGUCCGAGCCUCUACCAGCAGCUCUCGCUUACCGAGCUAAACCAGGUCCGGCAGCUGCACGGCACCGCGUCCGAGUCGCACAUCGGCGACUGUUCCUCGUUCAUCCAGGACAUCAUCCGACAAUACAUCACCACGACCAGCCGGCUCGGUCUGGGCGAGCGCAACGUCCUCAUCAUGACGACCAAGGUGGCGCAGAAGAGCUACGGCGCCGAGAAGAGGUUCCUCUGCCCGCCCCCGAUGGUGCUCCUGAUCGGUAGCAGCUGGUGGAACGUGUGCGCCGACGCCUCGCGGCCUCCGCCGUUCCAGAUGGGAGGCGCAGGUGCCGGCGAGACGGACCCGGUGCCCACGGUGCUGUCGCCGCCCCGGCUGACGAUCAACAUUAGCGGCGAAGCGGCGAUCCAGGAUGGAGCCUUGGAAUGGGCCUCGAGCAGCGGCAAGCUGAUCGACGUCGGCAACCCUUCGUCGGACAUGGCCAUCUCGGGCCGCUGCAUCGGCAAGCAGCUCUACAUCUCCGACGUCGACGAGAAGCGGCGCCACGUCGAGGCGCUCGUGUCGAUCUCGGUGCCCGGCGCCUCGCCGCUCGACCGUCGGCUGCUGGGCACGUUUGCCAGCAAGCCGAUCAAGGUGAUCAGCAAGCCGAGCAAGAAGCGGCAGAGCUCGCGCAACACUGAGCUCUGCGUCAACCACGGCUCCGUCAUCUCGCUCUUCCACCGCCUCCGCUCCCAGACCGUGUCGACCCGCUACCUGUGCGUCUCGGGCGCGCCGUCGUGGUUCAAGGGGUCCGACAACAUGCCCUUCCUCAACAUGAACCCGCGCGAGAUCAAGGGCCAGGAGACGCCGUCGUGCUUUGUGGCCAAGAUGUCGAGCUGGGACCCCUUUAUCAUCUACCUCGUCGACCCCAAGAAGCGCGCCGACGCCGCCGCGCCCGCCCAGCAGCAGGCGCCGCCGCCGGUCAAGGGCUACCCGCCGCCGCCGCCCAACGCGCUGCCGACGAGCGGCCUGACGAGCUCCCAGAUGACGGUGCACUACAACCAGCCGAUCGUGCUCCAGUGCCUCAACACGGCGGUGGUGAGCCCAGUCAUGGUCAUCCGCAAGGUCGAAAAGGGCACCACGGUCCUCGGCGGCGGCUCGGCCGGCGGACCGGGGCAGUAUGCGCGCGAGGCGUUCGGCGACCCGGUGUCUCAGCUGCACAAGAUUGCGCUCGAGGCGCUCGAGGACCCCGUCGCCGCCGUGCCGCGGCCCAUGGGCGACUCGGGCGAGGCCCUCUCGCCCGGCCAGGGCGGGCCCUUCCUCGCCUGCCUCAACGAGUCGGUCGGCAUGCACCGGCCGAGCGAACCGCGCAGGUGGGUGUCGAACCCGUUCAGCGCCGACGUGGCCAAGCACCUCUCGUCCUUCCCGGCGAGCCCGACGUCGAUGGCGGCCGCCUAUGCCGCCGCGCAGACCCGCUACUCGAUGACGGCCGGUCGCGGCACGUUUCUGUCGCCGGGCGGAUCGGCGCAUCCGCCGCCCAGCAACUCGGCCUCGGCAGCUGCCGCCGCCAAUGCCGCCAUCGAUGCCGCCAAUGCCGCGGCGGCGGCGUCCAACGACGGCGGCAAGGUCAAGCGGCCGCGUCGCGUGUCGUCGUCGGUGGUGAUGCAAAAGGAGCGGGCCGCAUCUGCCAACAGCAAGAAUCGCAAGCGCGGCCAGUCGCUCUCGGUGGUGGGCAUGCAGAACCAGGCGGCCCAGGGCACGGGGGAGCACGAGCUGAUCCGCCGCACGUCGUCCUACUCGAGCUCGCUGGCGUCGGACGCGUCGUCGGCGGCCGGAAGCGUCGCGCCGGGCGCCAUGUGGUCGGUCGACGUGGCCGACUCGGACAUCUGGACCAUUGUCGGCACCGACAUUGCCCGCCACUCGUUUUACGUGCCGCCGCGGAUCGUCGGGGGCUCGCAGCCGACGGCCUCGGUGGCCGACAGCAGCAUCUCGCACCUCAUCACUGUGCCAGCCCCCUCGCAGCCCAUCACGCCCAUCCCGCUGCUCUACAGCGUGGUGCCGCCGCCGGGGCGCCAGGGAGCCGUGGUCAGCGGCGGCGGCGGCGGUGGUGGUGGUGGCAUCGGCAGCGGCAGCGGCAGCAGCGGCACCGGCACCGGCACCGGCACCGGCACCACCAGCAGCGGACCCGCCCCACCGCCGUCGGAGCGGUCGACUGGCAUGGCGACGCUGCUGGGCGAGAACUUCCACCCGAACCUUUUCGUCUACUUUGGAGACUGGAAGAGCGAGGUGGUCGAGGUGCGGUCGCGCGGCACCAUUGUCUGCGCGGCCCCGCCCUCGCUCGAGUACGGCGUGCCGCGGGGCCAGGUGCCGAUCCUGCUGGUGCGCCACGACGGCAUCAUCUUCCCCACCGACCUCCUCUACCAGUGCUGA